GUCCAGGUUCGGGGGUCACGUGACCGGAGAGUCGGCCAGAGAUGGCGUCUUGUUUGGUUGCUGGCGACAGGCUGGUGCGCGCUUUGGGCUCUGGCGGGGAGCUGGAGCCAGAGCAGCUGCCCCGGAAGCUGCGGGCAGAGCUUGAGGCCGCGCUGGGGAAGAAGCACAAGGGCGGUGACGGCCCCAGUGGUCCCGCUCGCCUGGUUUCCUUCCGCCUGCUCCGGGAUCUUCACCAGUACCUGAGAGAAAAGGAUUCCACACUGUACCUUCAUGAGCUCCUGGAAGGCAGUGAAAUCUAUAUCCCAGAGGUGGUGAAGCCUCCUAGGAACCCAGAGCUUGUUGCCCGUCUGGAGAAAAUUAAGAUACAUCUUGCCAAUGAGGAAUAUAAGCGGAUCACCCGUAAUGUCACCUGUCAGGACUCAAGGCAUGGUGGGAUUCUCAGUGACCUGGGAAAACAAGUGAGAUCAGUGAAGGCUCUGAUCAUCACCAUCUUCAACUUCAUUGUCACGGUGGCAGCUGCCUUCGUCUGCACUUACCUUGGAAGCCAGUAUGUCUUCACAGAAAUGGCCUCGCGGGUACUGGCUGCAUUGAUCGUCGCCUCUGUGGUAGGUCUGGCGGAGCUGUAUGUCAUGGUGCGGGCGAUGGAAGGCGAGUUGGGAGAGAUAUAACUGAUACUUCAUCAUCAAAGUCUGGAGAGGGUUUGGAGGGGCUCCAGGCUCCCGGCUGCCAAUCACUGACUCUCAGUCAACCCAUCAGGCUCUUUGUACUCAGCUCUGGUUAGUCAGGGCUGAGCCAAGGCUAUGUGCCCUUCCUGUGGGGAGCCCUAUCGUCUGCCAGUUGCCAGAGGGAGCAUAGAGGAGACUCAGACAACAACUGGUCUGUCAGUACCUUCUCCUGAUCCUGGUGCCCAUCUGCCUUCACCAGUCCAUUUUGGGCACCACUAGGGAUGGAUUGUUUCCCAUUCGGAAUAAACAGAAACCAGGUCUUCCUAGAAGUAGACCACACUGCCUUGAACUUGCACAAGUACACAGAUCAGUCAUCAUCCAUGCUCCACAUAUCCUUGAUGCAGUCCUGUAACUUAGUUCUGAAACCUCCGAGGAAGCAGAAAGGUUUCCGUUUCUCCCGUUUGUGCUGGAAGAAGAACUGAUCAGAGGAUACCAAAUAAGAGAAAAACAGGUUGGUACAGGGUGGCGGAAUUGGAAGUCAGACAGCUACCUUUUUGGAACCUUAGUUGCUAUCUCCAUCCUCUUCUUCUGCUUGCCUUUUUCAGAUGUUCUAAACGCUUCUGCCUGUCUCUACCACUCACCAGCCCUCCUUAAACUUCCCAUCUUCUCUUCACCCUUUGCUCUGCCUCCAAAAAUGUAAACAAUAUAGGUGGCAAAACAGUUUAUCUGCUUUUAAUUGCAAAACCCCUCGUACGUAUUUGUGUUUGUGGAGAGAGUGUGCCUGCUGUGGAUUAUCUCGACUGUAAUAGUAGAAAGAGAGAUUUGUUGUGGACAGGGAUUAUUUCCGGAUUUAUAUAUGUAACUAUAUGAAUGUGAAUAAACAUACACAUGAAUAUGUACACAGAAUGUAUACAUUAUGAGUAUGUCUGCAUAUUAUACAUAAGCCUAAUGUAGGAUAUUUUAUGUGGGUUCUUAAACAUGUUUGGGUAAGUGACAAAAAUAGUAUGUAAAUGCUCAUGGUUGACUAAUUGUUUUACAUAGUUGCUUUUGGUUUUCACGACAGUCUUGGAGGUUGGAAAAGCAAAUGGUCUUAGGCCCCUUUUCCAGAAGACAAAACUAAGGCUGAGAGAGAUCAAAUGGCCUGCUGUGGUCCUUCCUCUGUUAAAAGGAGCCAAAGACUACUAGGUGGUCCUGAAGUCUCCAUGUAAUGCUAAAUUUCUAGAACUUAUAUUAGUGAUAUGAUGAUAGAAUCUAUACAAGACACUUAAAAACAAUAUCAGCAUUAGUUAUUUAUCCAAUAAAUAUUUAUUGUAUUCAUUGUAUUUUUACUUCAAACCU